AUGAACAUGUAUGAAUUGGGAAAAAAAGAGAAGCUUGACAUACAAGAACUUGAAGAGAUCCACAAUGAACCAUAUGAGAUUGAAGUUCUUUACAUAGAAAAGACAAAAGCAUACCAUGACAAAAUGAUUUCUCGCAAGGUAUUUGUUAAAGGAAAAAAGGUAUUGCUUUACCACUCUCCCUUUAAGUUAAUUCCUGGAAAAUUAAGGUCCCGUUGGGUGGGACAAUUUUUUGUUACUAAUGUUUUUGAGCAUGGUGCAAUAGAGAUUAGAAGUGAUAAAGCUAGGAUGAUUAUUAAGGUAAACGGGCACCAUUUGAAGCCUUAUUAUGAAAUAUUUGAAGUCAAUAAUGAGGAAAUGGAGGCAAUCACAGACCCACAGUACCAAGAUUGA